AUGUCGUCGCCGGCUAGAUCUUCCGGGGAGGAGCCAUUGAUUAAGAAGACGAGGAGGAGGAAGAAGAAGAACUCGACGCAACAAUCGACUCUGAUCUCGUCACUACCUGAUGAUUUGAUAUUGAGCUGCUUUGCACGCAUCUCUAGAUUGCAUUACCCAGCUGUCUCCUUCGUCUCCAAGAGCUUCCGAUCUCUCCUUGCUUCUCCGGAGCUUUACGAGACCAGGUCCUUGUUAGGCAGCGCCGAGAGUUGUCUCUACGUGUGCUUAAAUUAUUAUCCGGAACCUAACCCUACCUGGUUCACUCUCUGCUAG